UAAACACAGACAGACAGACAUUUCGAUGAAGACAGUCCAGGACAGAAGAUGUGGUGACUGUAACUGAAUCUGGAGACAGACACACGGAUUGGACAUGCCCAGGUUGUUCUACCAUGGACACAGAGAUGAUACCAAAAUUUACUUCAAAAGACGAGGAGAUUGACUACUGGAAGGCCUUAUCCCUCACGUAUAAGAAAAGUUACCAUGAGGCCCAGGAGGAGUUGCUGGAGUUCCAGGAAGGGAGCAGAGAGCUGGAGGCAGAGUUAGAGGCUCAGCUAGGACAGGCUGAACACCGCCUCAGAGACCUGCACACAGAGAACCAAAGACUGAAGAGCGAGUUGGACAACCUCAAGGAGAAAUUGGAGCAGCAGUAUGCUCAGAGUUAUAAGCAGGUCUCCAUGUUAGAGGAUGACCUGGGACAGACCAGAGGAAUCAAGGAGCACCUUCAUAAAUACGUCAGAGAACUGGAGCAGGCCAACGAUGACCUGGAGAGAGCCAAGAGGGCGACCAUUGUAUCUCUGGAGGACUUUGAGGGUCGUCUGAACCAGGCCAUAGAGAGGAAUGCCUUCCUGGAGGGUGAACUGGACGAGAAGGAGAACCUACUGGAGUCAGUUCAGAGACUGAAGGAUGAAGCCAGAGACCUGAGACAGGAGAUGGCAGUGAGGGAGAGGACUACAGACAGGUUGUCAGCCCCCAGCUCUCCUACCCUGGACAUCGACAAGUUGGACUCUGCUGUCCAGGCCUCCCUGUCCCUGCCUGCCACCCCUGUAGGGAAGGGAAUGGAACACCCCUUCCUCAACCCUAAAUCAUCAGUGUUAACAAAUGGCUGUGGGCAUGGUAGCUCACCUCUGACCCCAUCAGCAAGAAUCUCUGCUCUUAAUAUCGUUGGGGACCUACUUAGAAAAGUGGGGGCGCUGGAGUCCAAGCUAGCUGCAUGUAGGAACUUUGCCAAGGACCAGGCAGUGAGGAAAACCUACUCCACGUCAUCCACCAACAUGAUCACUGGGAAAGGAAACCUCGUCAACAGCAACGCCACCAAGUUCUCCCACUCACUACACACCACCUACUACGACAAAACGGCUGUGAAUGGACUGGACCACAGCACCCUGACUGCCCUGGCGUCGCCCCGGACUGUCUCCCCUCCUGGCAUGCUGCCUCUCACCGUUUAGCGUGGCACCACCCCCAACCUCACCCCAACCUCUGGACAAGCUCACCACAGAACAAGGGUACCCCUCAUCCCUCACCCCAAUCUCUGCCCAAGCUCCUGUGCGCCCCACAGAACAAUGAGAGGAGAGAACACUUGAAGAACCGUUUGUGUGUGUGUGUGUGUGUGUGUGUGUGUGUGUGUGUGUGUGUGUGUGUGUGUGUGUGUGUGUGUUCGAAAGUGCGUAUGUGUUUUAAGAGUUGAUUUCUGAGUGUGUGUAGGAGAGACACUUGACUGAAUGAUUGAAAAGGCCCCACUCACCUAUGGGGAGGGUUGGAUGCUGAGUGUGUCUGUAUUUAACACACACAGUCACAUGCCUCUGCCUGAGCUGGUCUUUGCUCAUGUGUUGGUGACCUCUAUGCUCUGGAGUGGCUCCAUCAGUUUCUCAGUUUCACUCUAUAACAGCUAUAUAACAGCAACUGUACCUGACAAGGUCCCCAACGGACCGCAGCUUCAUUCCUCUUAACCUUUAUUUUCUUGUCUGAAUGAAUUGCACAAUUACAAAUAAUUUAUAUUUAGAAUGUUGUAUUUAAAAAUGAAAAGGGACUUUUUGCAAAGUUAAAUUAUUUCAUAAUUACUGUAUGUGUGCUUUAAGAUGCUAUAUUUCCUGUUUGUUUGUGUUUAUGUUAUGGGGUCAGAUGGAGUUGAUGACCCUUAACCCCCAUAUCCAGAAGAAUGACUGAAUUAAUGUUUACUGUGUUCAGGCUGUGAUCAGAACCAUGUUCUCUUAUCGGGCUGCAUCUCAAUAGUCCAGUUAGUAGCAUCCUCUCCUCAUCUCAAUAGUCCAGUUAGUAGCAUCCUCUCCUCA